ACGACCGAGGGCAAGACGCAAGAGACGCAAGGGUCUCGGUGUCAGGCAUUUGCGAAUAUUGAGACCCAAAGCUCGAGCACAGAGCUGACGCACGAACGGGCGGACGAGGACAAGUCACUCUGAAUGCGACCCCGCGUCCCUGGCCGUCUGCGAGCAGCAUUCACUCUUCGCUUCCGGGAACCUCGACCGACCACGCCUUACCUUCCUCAAGGGCCUCGACAGCGUACUCUGCGACCCACCUCCGCCGCCAAUGCCGCCGCAGGAGCGCGCGGCCGAGGCGGCUUUGCUCGCGUGGCUGCGGCGACGCGGCGUCGCGGCGAGAUUGGCCGCGUGCGGGGAAGGCGAAGGCUGCGAUGUGGAGACCCCGUCGGCCUCGACGGCGAGUGCGGGGAAGCGGCACGGCGCUACACAGCACUGGCGCCAAUGAGAUCUCGUUGCUUGUCGCAAAGGCUCGAGGGCCGAGAAGCGCCAGAACAGCAGCAGCACAUGGGCGACGCCCCGGAUGAAUCACACACUGCGUCCGCGCUAGGCGGAGGUGACGGCGCUCCUGGCUGCGCACAGACGCUUUCUGCUGCUCUCUUUCCGUCGGAGCCCGGUGAAGGUUGGCGCUCGUGAGCUGGGCAUGGCUGGCCCUCUCGCAUCUCUGUCAGCGCGACUGCUCCGAGUCGAGUCUCGACCAUGCGGGCUGAACGGAAAUGCCUCAGGGGGCGUCGCCGCCUCGGAGCAGCGCCAAUUUGAUCUGGCGCCCGCGAGAUGGGUCGCCGAUCCCGUAUAUGGGCGGCACUGCGGCGCCUUCCCGCUUCGGUGCAUAGA